AUGUCAAUGUGGAGGAUCAGGAGGAGCGUUUGGACCCUCCUUCUUUCCCUCCUCCUGUCUCCCCUCUCCUCUCAGUCUGAUGGGGGGGUCCCCAUCCCAGAGCACGGCCUCUGUCAGCCCGUCUCCAUCCCUCUGUGCAGCGAGCUCGCCUACAACCUGACCAUCCUGCCGACCCUGCUGGGACACUCCUCCCAGGAGGAAGCGGGGCUGGAGGUGCAUCAGUUCUUCCCGCUGGUUAAAGUGGCGUGCUCAGCCGAGCUGCGCUUCUUCCUGUGCUCGCUGUAUGCCCCCGUGUGCACAGUCCUGGAGCAGGCCCUCCCCCCCUGCAGGGCUCUGUGUGAGCGUGCUCGGUGCGGCUGCGAAGCGCUCAUGAAUAAGUUUGGCUUCCCGUGGCCGGAGAGGCUGCGCUGUGAAAACUUCCCGGUCCACGGUUCGGGAGAGAUCUGUGUGGGUCGGAACACGACCGGCAUUGACGAUCCCACGUUAGACCCCACCCCAAACAUCCAGGACCUCGUAACCCCACCACUGUACGUCCGGACCAACCGGGCCUUCUCCUGCCCCCUGCAGCUCCAGGUACCCGCCUACCUAAACUACCACUUCCUGGGGGCGAAGGACUGUGGUGCCCCGUGUGAGGCGACCCGGCCCGGCGGCCUGAUGUUCUUCGGGGAGGAGGAGCUGAAGCUGGUCCGGCUCUGGGUCGGGGUCUGUUCAGUCCUGUGCUGUGUGAGCUCCCUGUUCACCGUGCUCACCUUCCUGCUGGACACGACAAGGUUUGGUUAUCCGGAGCGGCCCAUCGUCUUCCUCUCCGGAUGUUACUUCAUGGUGGCAGCCACAUAUGGCGUGGGCGUCCUGCUGCAGGACAGGGUGGCGUGUGUGGAUCAGUUCAGAGUGGACGGGUACAGGACGGUGUCUCAGGGCACCAAGACGGAGGGCUGCACACUUCUUUUUACCGUGCUCUACUUCUUCAGCAUGGCGAGCUCCGCCUGGUGGGUCGUCCUGUCACUCAGCUGGUUCCUGUCGUCCGCCAUGAAGUGGGGUCACGAGGCCAUCGAGGCCAACACCCAGUACUUUCACCUGGUGGCGUGGGCGGUACCGGCAGUGAAAACCAUCACUGUUCUGGCGACGGGGCAGGUGGAUGGCGACCUACUGACCGGCGUCUGUUACGUGGGGAUUUACAGUGUGGACGCUCUGCGGGGCUUCGUCCUGGCGCCGCUCUUCAUCUACCUUAUCAUCGGCGCUUCCUUCCUGCUGGCGGGCUUCGUGUCGCUCUGCCGUAUCCGCACCGUCAUGAAGCAUGAAGGCACUCAGACGCAGAAGCUGGAGAAGCUGAUGGUGCGGGUCGCAGCGUUUGGCGUGCUGUACACAGUGCCCGCCAGCAUCACCCUCGCUUGCUACUUGUACGAGCAGGCGUUCCGGCCACAGUGGGAAAUUACGUGGCGCUUGCAGACGUGCAAACGCUUUGCAGUGCCGUGCCCCGACGGAAACGUUGAACCACUGACGCCCGACUUCACCGUGUUCAUGAUCAAGUACCUGAUGACCAUGAUGGCCGGGAUCACCUCCGGCUUCUGGGUGUGGUCAGGGAAGACGUUGCAGUCAUGGCGGCAGUUCUAUAAAAGACUGAUCAACAACAACAACAACAACAACAACAACAAGCAGGGGGAGACAACAGUGUGA